AUGGCCCCAGUCGCUUCCUUCAUCCAAGAGCCUUCACGAGGACCUUCCUCCUUCAUACUCCCGGAUCUUGUCUCCCACUGCAAGUUCCCCCUUACCUACCACCCUCAGGGGGAUGCUAUUGCCCUCGAGUCCGUUACAUGGCUCGACAGACUAUGCCCAGACCUCUCUCCCAAGGCCAGGAAGGCCCUCUGGGGCCUCCAAGCUGGAGAACUCACCGCAUACUGCUACCCCAGCUGCUCGCCCGACCGCCUCCGAGUUGUCAGCGACUUCAUGAACUACCUCUUCCACCUCGACAACAUCAGUGAUGGCAUGAUGACUCGCGAAACCGACGUCCUCGCUGAUUCUGUCAUGAACGCCUUGUGGCAUCCCGAAGAGUACAGACCCACUCGUUCCCCUGGGAAGGAGCAGCCUGCUGAAGAGCUCGACGCUGGGAAGAUUGCUAGAGACUACUGGUCCCGUUGCAUCCCAGGCGCAGGUCUGGGCGUGCAAGCUCGCUUCAAAGAGAGCCUCCAGCUUUUCUUUGAGGCCGUCAAUGUGCAAGCUCGUGCGCGUGACGCAGGGGAAGUUCCAGAUCUCGAGUCGUACAUUGAUGUUCGCCGCGACACGAGUGGUUGCAAGCCCGUUUUCGACCUCAUUGAAUACGCGAUGGACUUUGAGCUGCCAGAAGAAGUUGUCAAUCAUCCUGUCAUCAAGGCCCUUAAUCAAGGAACCAACGACCUCGUUACUUGGUCGAACGACAUCUUUUCAUAUAACGUGGAACAGGCUCGAGGUGACACGCACAACAUGAUUGUUAUCUUGAUGAAAUACCACGGCCACACGUUGCAAAGUGCCGUCGACUAUGUCGGUGAACUUUGUUGCCAGACGAUCAACAACUUCUGUGCCAACCGCCAAGUGAUUCCCUCGUGGGGACCAGAGACCGAUAGAAUGGUCCAAGAAUACGUGCAAGGCCUCCAGGACUGGAUCACUGGCUCUUUGCACUGGAGCUUCAAGACACACCGUUAUUUUGGCACCAAUGGUGCCGAAGUGAAGAAGACGAGGCUUGUCGAAUUGUUACCCUUAAAAAACGGGGCAAAACCAUGCGCCGGCGAGGCCACGAAGUGA